UGUUGCCUCAGUUUUAUAACGUAAAGAGUAUUUGGUUUGACGUGAUUUGUGAAGAGUUUGAAUGUUAUUGUAUUGAAGUGAAGUCAGAUGGAUAUGAAUGUGAGUCCAGUCGGUCCACAACUGGUGUCCGCUCGACGGCGAGUCUUGUAUGCCGUUGUGUGCGCCACGUGUCACGAGAAUGGCUUCGUUAGCGCCGAUAAGCCAUCGCUCGACACUUUGCUGCAAAUGAUUCAAAGUAUUAUCAAAGAGAUAGGAAGGAGUGCUCAGGCCUUCUGUGAACUCAGUGGACGUACCGAACCACUGGUCGGCGAUGUUGUUAUGGCUCUCAUUGAAUCAGGACUCGACUGCGACCAAAUAGCUGCUUAUGCAAUGCGGCCAAAUAGGGUGACAAUACCGACACCACAAGUGAUGGCCAAACAGUCGACACCGCGUAUACUUCAAGCGGGAGAGAAGAAACUAUUGUCGUCUUAUAUUCCCGACUAUUUCCCGUCAUUUCCAGACCCGCAUUCAUAUAUUCGGACGCCAACACACAAACAGCCCGUAACCGAAUACGAGGCAAUUCGGGAAAAGUCGGCCACACAGAAACGGGACGUCGAGAGAGCGCUCACUAAGUUUAUGGCAAAAACUUGUGAACAAUCGACAACACACAGACUGUUUGCCGAAGAACACAUGUCACACUUGUUCCCACUUAUUGUACUUAAAUUAGAGGCCAAUCCAUAUCUCAAUGCUUUGCUUCCCAAAGACCAGGUAUUUGAAAACGAAAGUGAAGAACAUGUGAUCCGUAAAAAAGAUUCCGACAAAAAACAAAACAAAUCGGUUACCAAUACUAAUGAAUUAUCAAACACUUCAACGACUGAUAAUGUGGUCAAUGAUGAAGACAAUAUUGAGACUAAUAAUGAACAGAUGGCUAAUAAUACUAAUACUAAUGAUACAAAUAAAUUAACCAACACUUCAAACAUUUCUGUUUGUGGUAACACUGAUACCGAUGUGUUAGACAAUCCUUAUUUAAGACCUUUACUUAAGUUAUCUUCAAGAAAGAGAAGUCGGAAGCAAUUUGAAGCAUAAAAGUAUCACUUCUUG